AUUCCCGAGAAUUGCGAAUCCGCCCAUACACUUACCGCUAACCGGCCGCACGCGCUAUUACAUUUAACAGCUUGCAAUUUAUCGGUGUUUCAAUAAAUUCUUCAAUUCUGCUUUACAAUGAUUUACUUGAACUCAUCACACAAACAGCGGUGUGGCAAUGUGAAUGCAUGCUUGGCUUGAAUGUAUUGAACAUCAUCAGAGAAAUCACGUUUCUCUCAAAACGUAGAAGAAAUGCGUGGCACUGUGUGUUUUUGCCAAUUAGUACUUUAGUUACGGACUGAUGUUUUGAUGGUGAGGUUGACCGACGAAAUCAAAGCGAAUAAAACGUUCUAUCGAAAUGCAACACUUACCACAGCUGUGCGUCACCAUUGUUGUUUUGUUAAUCACGUCAAUUGACGUCGAUUGUGUGAUACCGACAUUUCUUUAUGAAGGAAGCCCAUGUCGUUUGCAUACGGGUGUGAAUGGUAUCUGCAAAAAUGCGCUAAAAUGUAACUGGGCCAUCGAAAAUUUGAAGCAGAGACAAAUGAAAUUAAAUGACAUUAGGAGAUGUUCAUUUUCAGGACCACGUGAUGACAUCAUCUGCUGCGGAGAUGAGAGUUUAAGUCAGCCACUUGAAGUGACACCCCGUCCUUGUUUUUUGGAAUUUUUAUUCGAUUUCAAGUGCACGGACCGAGUUCCCGAUCGUAGCACCGAGUCAUCAGAAUACAAACCGCAGAAUAGCGGUGACAAAAUUCGUGAUGCAUGUACAAAGUAUUCGGCAUUGGCUAAACCUUUCAACCCUCCACAUUCAAUCAUAAAGGGAAAAACGGCUGAUCCAAUGGAGCUGCCACAUAUGGCAGGUCUGGGUUAUCCAAAUCGUCAAAAUACAAGCUAUAACUUUGAUUGCGGCGCCAGUCUCAUUGCUGAUCAAUGGGUCGUUACAGCGGCCCACUGUAUCAAGGAGCGACGUAGGCCGGUAAUCGUUCGGUUCGGAAAAAUUUAUCUUCAUUCUGAUUACGAGGAAGGCGUUGACAAAAGCAUAUCGCGCAUUGUUCGCAAUGAAUACUCGGUUAUUACUAAGAAAAAUGAUAUCGCUUUAAUUGAGUUCAUUGGAAGUAUAGCAUUUAAUGAUAUCAUUCGUCCAGCCUGCAUUCACACUAAUGUGAACGAUAUUCUUGAAACAGAUAAUCUUGUGAUCGCCGGUUGGGGUUCAAUCGAACCGGAUAGAACCAAUCGAUCAGAAGCUUUGCUCAAGGCCAAUGUAAAUGCAGUCCCAUUGGAUCAAUGUAAUAGAACAUUGGUGAUCACAAAUAUCGCAAAUUUUCCACGUGGAUUGAGUCAAUCGCAAAUGUGUGCAGUAAAUUUGCGGUCGGGUUCAGAUGCAUGCCAGGGUGAUUCAGGUGGACCGAUUGGAAUUCAUGAUAAAUCAACGGGCGUAUCGACGAUCGUGGGAAUUGUUUCAUUUGGAAUAAGCUGCGGAACAGAAUUGCCAGGAGUAUCUAAAAUCAUCUCAAUAAAAUCAAGAUCUCUUCCACAUCCGUAUUAUUAUAAUCACAAUUUGUAACGUUUAAAUGAUUCAUUUUUCAGGUAUACACGCGCAUUGCGUCUUUCGUUGAUUGGAUUGAAAAUACGAUAUGGCCGUAGCUGUAUCCAUGGGCACAAAUAUGAAUGUAAUAAUUUUAUAUUCACGUAAUAAUCCAAAUUGAAAAUUUCAUUUAAGAUUUAAUAAAACCGAAUUUCUCAGCAAAA